GUUCCUAUGGUGUAAGUGACAGAGCCUAGCCUGGAGUUCCUCUGCGCUGAUGGUGAAUAGCCACCGCGGCUGUGACGGGCGGAGAAGAAGCCGCAGAAGGCUGGGGAGUGGCAAUUCGGAAUCUGCCCCUUAGAUGAAUUCAAUUUAAGUUUAUCGUCAGGUUCUAACAAACCCAAAAGAGGAGGAAGAGGAAAAAAUAGGAAAGAUGGCGGCCGCGGCCUCGCCGGGCUCGUCCACCUCCUCAGACUGGAUUGUAGUGAGAGACGGUUGCCUGCGUUGCGACGAGGAAGGCCUGCGAAGUCUUUCCUACCACCCGGCCCUCAACGCUAUCUUAGCCGUUACCAGCCGGGGAAGCAUUAAAGUCAUAGACGGAACUUCAGGAGCCAUUCUUCAGGCGUCAGCACUGCACGCUAAACCAGGCGGCCGCGUCAGAUGCCAGUACUUUCCUGCAGUUGACAAGGUGCUUUUUGUGGACGACUUCGCCGUGGGGUGCAGGAAGGACCUGAAUGGCAUUCUGCUCUUGGACACGGCCCUACAGCCGCCAGUGGCCAAGCCGGAGGACGUGGUUCAACUGGAGCUGCCAGUCACAGAGGCGCAGCAAAUGCUGUCAGCGUGUCAGGAGAAGAUUGAUGUGUCCAGCACUGAGGGGUAUGAAGUCUUCAUCAGCCAGCUCAAAGAAGGUCUGAAGAAUACCUCACAUGAGACUGCAGCCAAUCAUAAAGUAGCUAAGUGGGCAACGGUCACUUUCCAUCUCCCCCAUCAUGUGCUGAAGCUGGUGGCUGGAGCCAUCGUCAGCGAGCUGAAGAAGAUAAACCAGAACGUAGCUGCCUUGUCUGUAGCCUCCUCCAUCAUGGACAGGCUCUCCUACCUCUUGUCAAGCGCCAGGCCUGAGCUCGGGGUGGGCCCUGGACGCUCUGUAGAUAGAUCCCUGAUGUACAGUGAGGCCAACAGACGGGAGACGUUUACAUCAUGGCCACACGCUGGUUACAGAUGGGCUCAGCCUGAUCCGAUGGCUCAAGCAGGGUUUUAUCACCAGCCUGCCUCGACAGGGGAUGACAGAGCUAUGUGUUUCACCUGCAGUGUGUGUCUCGUCUGCUGGGAGCCUACAGAUGAACCUUGGUCUGAACAUGAGAGACAUUCACCCAACUGUCCAUUCGUGAAAGGAGAGCACACUCAGAAUGUUCCUCUGUCGGUAACCCUGGCGACCAGUCCAGCUCAGUUCCCCAAUAGUCCCGACAGUUCAGACAAGAUUGCUUGCUAUGGAUUUGGUAGCUGCCCACAGUUCCUAGCUGCUGCCACAAGAAGGGGCAAGAUCUGCAUCUGGGAUGUUUCUAAAAUGAUGAAGGUGCACCUAAAGUUUGAUGUGAACCCAUAUGACCCAGCCAUCAUCCGGCAGCUGAUCUUGUGCAGUGGUGAACAGGGCCAGCAGGCGCUGACUGAGUCUCGAAGGCCCACUCUCACUUGGUUGGAGGAGUCCUCUUCCUGCUCUGACCUGCCCAAGCUAGAAGGUGACAGUGACGACCAGCUGGAGGACUCUGACAGCGAGGAGCCUUCACGAUCAGAAUCCAUAACGGGUCAGCCAUCCCAGUGGGAGAGCAUGGACCUGAAUCUCAGUGUGACAGCGCUCAGUGUGCUACAGCAACCAGAGAAGCUUCAGUGGGAAGUAGUUGCCAGUGUUUUGGAGGAUACCGUCAAGGAUUUGGAGGAGCUUGGUGCAAACCCCUCAUUAAACCAAACAAAGGCCAACAGCCAGGCCAAACCAAAAGACAAGAUGCCUGACCACCACAACAUUCCCUUUCCCUGCUUGCUAGCUGGAGGCCUUUUAAGCUACCGCUCAGCCUCCAUAAACCCCAUGGCUAUUCCACCAUCUCCGUCAACUUCGACAUGCAGGACCACCGAUGGUCCACUAAGGACUCAGGCUGCUGAGACGCAUGCUGCAUCUCUACAGGAACAUGGUCCAAUGGAGAUAGAUCCUUGCCACCCUCAGUCUGGUACCCAAGAGCAAGGCUUCUCUAACUUGGCAGGCUCUCAGCUGCUGAGUCCCUCCUCUAUGCCAGCUGUGCGCAGGACUGUACCUGUGCUUCUGCUAUAUAGUAUUAGAGAGGUGGAUGACAAAUCCUCAGGGCAGGUAUUUGCUCAGAUGAACAAUUUAAUGAGCAAGGGUCUACACGAGGAAGGCUUUACUGUGCCACAAAUCAUUGAAAUGGAGUUUGAUACACAUGAGCAACUACUUCUUCAAGACCCUCCCAUCACAUACAUCCAGCAGUUUGCUGAUGCAACUAAUCUAGCAGGGAUAGAUGGGCAUGUGGACAAAUGGAACACACUGGCAGCAGCAACUGUCUCCAACCCCCCUCGACCCGGAACCCUGGUACAGUGCUUAAGGCUUCCAAAGCAGCUGGAAGAAGAAAAUGUCUUUGUGGACUCCAUAAUGCCGUGCUGGGACGGGGUGCACAUUUUGGUUGGUCUGAAACCUUGUGGUUUUGAGUCUGUAAGUGCUUCAAACCAAGUUGAGGCUCUUAACAAUCUAAACCGCCUACACUCAGCUCUUUGCAGCCAGCGCGAAACAGACUCCCUUCGCCCGUUGGCCAAUGGAAUGGAAGGCCAUCACCCAGAGGGGUCUCCACCUCAGACCCCCUUCAUAGUACCUCCAGGAAACCACCAGCAGCAGCAGGAGAGGUCCCAGAGUCGUGGGAGUGGAGGGGGAUAUCUUGCACUUUACAAGCUCAACUACUCCACCCGGAUUGUCACUCUGGAAGAGGAGCCAAUCAAAGUACAACAGAUUUGGGACCCUUGUGAUGCCAUUACUUCUCUAAUUUUGCUCCCCCCUGAUGUUCUGGAUAGCAGAGAAGAUGAGAGUGAAGAGGCCCAUGAAGAAACUCUUCUUUCAGCUUCAACAAACGGUUUUUCUGGGCCUGUUGCAGAAAUUGAGACUGCAUGUGAAGCAGACACAAACAGCAUUGCUGGAAACAUCACCAGAUCUUCCACCUCUGCCUAUAGCCACAAAGAAUGCAAGAAGGCAGAAAUGGCAGGUCUAGGACACUUGGUGGUCACCACUCAGGCUGGCUUUAUUAUGAUAUUGGACCUGUCCACUUUGGAAGUUCUGGCUAAGGUGGAACCACCCAAAAAGGAUGGGUCAGCUGAGGAAACUGACCCAUUUGUCUCAGUGACAUACUGUUCUGGAACGGACCGCCUUUGUGCCUGCACUAAAGGUGGAGAACUUCAUUUCCUUCAAAUUGGAGGAGUUUGUGAUGAUGGGGAUGAUGGAGACAUGUUUAUAGAUGGCCCCCUUUCUAAAGGGGCUGAGCCGCUGCUUGAGGGGGCAAAGCCCUCCUCCAACCCGUCCAGCCCUGGAAUCACAGGAGUGGACCUCCUAGUGGACCAACCUCUGACCACUGAGAGUCUGGCGUCGUUGAUGGAGUUGACCCGGUUUGAAACGUUGACGCCGCGUUUCUCGGCCACCGUUCCACCAUGCUGGGUGGAGGUGCAGCAGGAGCAGCAGCAGCGACGCCACCCACAGCACCUUCAUCAGCAGCACCAUGGCGAUGCAGCCCAACACACCCGCACGUGGAAGCUCCAGAGUUACAGCUCCAGCUGGGAUGAGCAUGUGUUUGAACUGGUGCUGCCUAAAGCAUGCAUGGUGGGCCAUGUGGACUUCAAAUUUGUCUUGAAUCCCAACAUUGUCAACAUUCCUCAGAUCCAAGUCACUUUACUGAAGAACAAAGCACCAGGGCUGGGAAAAGUCAGCGAUGCAGCGGUGGACAGACAGAUCGCUUUUCCUCUCUCAAAUGUCCUGCAGACCAAUGGGGAGAAGAUCAGCCAGCCUCUUCUGCCGGACUUCGCAGAAGACAUCCACUUCAUGGACAUUGAGGAGACAUCAGGAUCAGUGCUGUGUCCAUUCCUUGAGGACCAUAAGGAGGAUAUUUUGUGUGGGCCGGUGUGGUUGGCCAGUGGGCUGGAUCUUUCUGGUCACUCUGGCAUGCUGAGCCUCACCAGCCCCAAGCUGGUCAGAGGCAUGGCGGGAGGGAAGUACCGCUCCUUCCUGGUUCACAUCAAAGCGGUGAGCGACAGUAGCAUGGAAGAGAGCCCGAGGCCCGUGUUGAGGAUGCCCAGCGCCAAGCCUCAGAGCUCCAAAGCUCACUCAUUGUCCUCCCUGCUGCAGCAGACCCAGGCCUCCAAGGAGAGAGCUGCUACGGGGAAGACGGAGGGAUCAGCGCAGUCAAAGAAGGUGGAGAACUUGCGAGGCUGCGACCUGCUGCAGGAAGUUUCAGUCACAAUCAGAAAGUUCAAGAAGACAUCAGUGCCCAAAGAGAGGGUGCAGCGCUGUGCCAUGCUGCAGUUCCCAGACUUUCAUGAGAAGUUACUGGAUGUGUUGUGCCAUCAGUUAGACGGCAACCCAGCCAAUGAGCAUGCUCAGAGCCUGAUUCUCGACAUCCUCUGCUGGCUGGCGGGGGUGUUCUCCAACGGACCUUGCAGCAUCAGGGAAGGAAAGGAGGGCCUGCUGGCCAAAACCAGGAGCCGGUUAACUGACAUCGUCAGGGUCUGUUUCUUUGAAGUGGGCCGCAGCAUAGCCCACAAAUGUGCUCGAUUUCUUGCACUUUGUAUUAGCAAUGGGAAAGGAGAGCCAAGUCAGCAGGGGUUUGGCACCAGCCUGCUGAAGGCUCUGCUGGAUAAUAUGGCCUACUUGCCUGCCGCAGCAACUGGUGGCUCUGUGUUUUGGUACUUUGUACUGCUGAACUACGUGAAGGAGGAAGAUCUGGCAGGCUGCAGCACAGCAUGUGCCUCCCUGCUCACCACCAUCUCUCGACAGCUGCAGGACCGCCUCACCCCUCUGGAAGCUCUGCUGCAAACCAGGUACGGUCUAUACAGCUCUCCAUUUGACCCGGUGCUGUUUGACCUGGAGGUCAGCGGCUCCUCCUGCAAGAACGCCUUCAACAGCAGCAUCGGAGUCCAGUCUGAUGAGAUCGACCUCUCUGAAAUUCUCUCAGGGAAUGGGAAAGUGAGCAGUUCUGCUGCGGCAGAGGGCAGCUUCACCGCACUGACUGGACUCCUGGAGGUGGAGCCCUUGCACUUUACCUGCAUAUCCACUAGUGAUGGCACACGGGUGGAGCGAGAUGAUGCCAGCAUGUUCACUGUGAGUACGUUUGGUGUGACUCCGGCGAUGGGCGGCCUGUCAACAGGGACGGUCGGAGAAGCUUCAACAGCUCUGAGUUCUGCAGCUCAGGUAGCCCUGCAGUCCCUGUCACAUGCCAUGGUCUCAGCUGAGCAGCAGCUGCAGGUGCUGCAGGAGAAACAGCAGCAGUUGCUGAAGCUCCAGCAGCAGAAAGCAAAGCUGGAGGCCAAGCUUCAUCAGACCACCUCUGCUGCUGCCGCUGUGGCUUCUGGGGUUGGACCCAUGAGUAACUCUGUGCCUUCCAAUUCCUCCGCCCCGGGCUUCUUCAUUCACCCCUCCGACGUCAUCCCACCAACACCGAAAACCACGCCCCUCUUCAUGACUCCUCCCCUCACACCACCCAACGAGGCGGUGUCUGCAGCCUUCAGUGCAGAACUGGCUCACCUGUUCCCUGGGCCCAUGAUGGACCAGGGGCCCGUCAACAUGGCUGCGCACAAGAACACGCAGAAAGCCAAGCCGAGUCCCAUGGGCAGUGGGCUGGCUCUGGCUAUUUCUCAGGCAUCUCACUUCCUGCAGCCUCCUCCACACCAGUCUAUAAUCAUAGAGCGGAUGCACUCUGGAGCUCGACGGUACGUCACCCUGGACUUCGGCCGCCCCGUUCUGCUGACUGACGCUCUAAUUCCUACCUGCGGAGACCUGGCGUCUCUGUCCAUCGACAUCUGGACGCUGGGGGAGGAGUUGGACGGACGCAGACUGGUGGUGGCCACUGACAUCAGCACCCAUUCGCUCAUUCUGCACGACCUGCUGCCACCACCCGUCUGCAGAUUUAUGAAGAUCACUGUGAUCGGACGCUACGGCAGCACCAGCGCGCGAGCAAAGAUCCCGUUAGGCUUCUUCUACGGCCAUACGUACAUCCUGCCAUGGGAGAGUGAGCUGAAACUGAUGCAUGACCCUCUGCGGGGAGAUAGUGAGGCUGCCAGUCAGCCAGAUGUGGAUCAACAUCUGACCAUGAUGGUGGCUCUGCAGGAGGACAUCCAGUGCAGGUACAAUCUAGCUUGCCAUCGAUUGGAGACUCUUCUUCAGAACAUCGACCUUCCACCUCUUAACAGCGCCAAUAAUGCCCAGUAUUUCCUACGGAAACCAGACAAGGUGGUAGAAGAGGACCAGCGGGUCUUCUCAGCCUAUCAGGACUGCAUCCAGCUGCAGCUGCAGCUCAACCUGGCCCACCAUGCCGUCCAAAGGCUGCGGGUGUCUCUGGGUGCCAGCCGCAAGUCUCUGCCCCGGGCCUGUGACCCGGAGGCCCAGGGGCUGGUCCACAGCUCCUCCACUGAGCAGCUCAGGACAAUCAUCCGUUACCUGCUGGACACGCUCCUCAGCCUUCUGCACUCCAAUAACGGACACUCUGUCCCUUCGGUGCUCCAGAACACCUUCCACGCCCAGGCCUGUGAAGAGCUUUUUAAACAUCUCUGCAUCAGCGGAACGCCGAAAAUCCGUCUUCAUGCUGGACUGCUGUUGGUGCAGCUGUGUGGGGGUGAGCGCUGGUGGGGCCAGUUCCUCUCCAACGUCCUGCAGGAGCUCUACAACUCUGAGCAGCUGCUUAUCUUUCCCCAGGACAGAGUAUUCAUGCUCCUGUCCUGCAUUGGCCAAAGAUCCCUGAGUAACAGUGGGGUGUUGGAAGGUCUCCUGAACCUGUUAGACAGUUUGCUAUCCCCUCUGCAGCAACCACAGGCUGCUUCCCAGCGCAGGACUGAAGGGAUAUUGGAUAUUCCCAUGAUCAGCUGGGUGGUGAUGUUGGUUUCAAGACUCUUGGACUAUGUAGCCAGCAUUGAAGAUGAAGCCUCAGGGGCGAAGAAGAACCUUGGAGGGAAGGAAAGGGACCGGCCUGUAACAGGGAUUCAGUGGAGUUUUAUCAACAACACGCUCCAGUCUCAGAACUCCAACAGGACAGCUAAAGGCAGCAGCAGCCUGGAUCGGCUGUACUCACGGAAGCUUCGCAAGCAGCUCGUUCAUCACAAGCAGCAGUUAAAUCUAUUGAAAGCCAAACAGAAGGCUUUGGUUGAGCAAAUAGAGAAGGAGAAAAUCCAAAGCAACAAAGGAUCCUCAUACAAACUGCUAGUGGAACAGGCCAAACUCAAACAAGCUACAUCUAAGCACUUUAAAGACCUGAUCCGUCUGAGACGGACAGCUGAAUGGCCUCGCUCCACACUGGAUGCAGAGUCCACAACAGCCAAAGAAGCCCCAGAAGUAGAACCUUUGCCCUUCACUCUGUCCCAUGAACGCUGCAUCUCUGUAGUGCAGAAACUCGCCCUGUUUUUGCUCUCUAUGGACUUUACUUGCCAUGCGGAUCUGUUGCUUUUUGUCUGCAAGGUACUUGCUAGGAUAGCUAAUGCCACAAGACCUACAAUCCAUCUGUGUGAGGUGGUGUCUGAACAGCAGCUGGAACGCCUUCUGCUACUGCUUGUAGGAACAGACUUCAAUCGAGGAGACAUCUCCUGGGGAGGGGCCUGGGCACAGUACUCCCUCACAUGCAUGCUCCAGGACAUCCUGGCAGGUGAACUGAUGUCUCCGGGCUCUCUGGAUCCCAUGGAAGAGGUGGUUGUGGGUGAGGAGGCAGGAGCGUCAUCUUCCUCAGCCAUGGCAGACUCAGACGACUCUUUGGCCCAGCCUUCCACCAUUCCCCUGGUGGAGACCAUCGAUGAAGCGCUGGUGCCAGACAUCAUCGCAGGGACCACAGGGACCUCCACCGUGUUCCAGAGUGCUCCACCUCUGUCAUCUUUGGAAAAAGAUAAAGACAUAGACUUUGACUUGCUGCAAGACCUCAUGGAUGUUGAUAUUGAUCCUUUAGAUAUUGAUUUGGAAAAAGAUCCUCUCGCUGCCAAAGUAUUUAAGCCUAUAAGCAGCACCUGGUAUGACUACUGGGGUGCUGACUAUGGAACAUAUGGGUACAACCCUUACAUCGGAGGGGUUGGGAUUCCGGUAUCCAAACCUUUGGUUGCCCCUGAAAAGCCAGCCUCUCAGUGUGUGUCGGUCUCUGUGUCUCAAGCGCUGGAUGCCCGACUUGAAGUUGGCCUGGAGCAGCAAGCUGAACUGAUGCUGAAAAUGAUGGCAACUUUACAGGCUGACUCCAUUCUACAGGCUCUCAGUUCCAGUUCAUCUACAAUCACUCAGCCUGCCAAUGGUACCGAUGACUCCCUGCUCAGAGCAUUCCACAGCGGGGGCUCCCCACCCUGCAGCGGCCCCACCGUCCAGCCCUCCUCUGUUCCCAUUCUGAGUAACUGCUUCAACAAGCUUUUCUCCAUGCUGCAGGUCCACCAUGUACAGCUGGAGUCGCUGCUGCAGUUGUGGCUAACGCUCAGUCUAAACACGGGUUCUGGUGGCAGCGAAGACAGCGGAUCAGAUAUUUUCCUCUUCAACGCCAGCCGGGUGCCCACCAUCCCGCUCAACCAAGCCUCUGUCAGCAGUUUCAUCUCGGUGCUGGCCUGGUACCCCAGCACAUCCCUGAGAACAUGGUGCCUGGUGCUACACUCCCUCACCCUGAUGACCAACAUGCCCACCUCUGCCUCCAUCAGCGUGCUGAACUGCCAGGACAGCACGGCCCAACAGAUGGUGUCAGAUCCCACCCUUGUCCAUGUGCUGGUGCGCUUCCUGUCCAGCAGUAGCACCAAUGGGACCAGUCAGCACAGCUCCCAGGUGGGCCCCACCGCCACACAGGCUAUGCAUGAGUUCCUGAGCCGCCUGCAGGUCCACCUGUCCUCCACCUGCCCCCAGAUGUUCAGCGAGUUCCUCCUGAAGCUCAUCCACAUCCUGUCCACUGAGAGGGGCCCGUUCCAGUCGGGCCAGGGUCCUCUGGAUGCCCAGGUCAAGCUGCUGGACUUUACCCUAGAGCAGAACUUUGAGGUGGUUUCUGUGUCCACUAUUUCCUCCGUCCUGGAGUCCAUCACGUUCCUGGUUCACCACUACAUCACAUGCUCAGACAAGGUGGUGUCCCGCAGCGGCUCUGACAGCUCCGUGGGGGCCCGCGCCUGCUUCGGAGGUCUGUUUGCCAACAUCAUCCGACCCGGAGACGCCAAGGCCGUGUGUGGGGAAACUACGCGCGACCAGCUCAUGUUCAACUUGCUGAAACUGGUGAACGUGCUGGUGCAGCUUCCUCUGUCAGGGGACCGCGAGUUCAGCGGGCGGCUGCCGCCGGUUGGCAGCGGUGCCGCCGACAGCAGCGUCUCAGAUGAGGAGAAGGUCUGUGGAAGCAAGGAGAGUGUGGCGGGAGGAGUUUCAUCCAGUCCCGGGCCCCCUGCUGGCGUGGCUGACCUGGUGCUAGCUAACCAGCAGAUAAUGAGCCAGAUCUUGUCAGCAUUGGGUCAGUGCAACAGCAGUGCCAUGGCGAUGAUCAUCGGUGCCAGCGGUCUCCAUCUUACUAAACAUGAGAACUUCCAUGGCGGUCUGGAUGCCAUCUCAGUGGGCGAUGGCCUUUUCACCAUCCUUACCACUCUGAGCAAGAGGGCCAGCUCAGUGCAGGUCAUGCUGCAGCCCAUUCUCACUUACAUGGCCUGCGGUUACAUGGGCAGACAGGGUUCUCUCUCCACCUGCCAGCUGUCGGAGCCUCUUCUGUGGUUCAUCCUGCGUGUGUUGGAUACCAGUGAAGCUCUCAAGGCUUUCCAUGACAUGGGAGGUGUACAGUUGAUCUGUAACAACAUGGUGACAAGCACCAGAGCCAUUGUGAACACAGCACGCAGUAUGGUGUCCACCAUCAUGAAAUUCUUGGACUCUGGUCCUGGGAAAACUGCUGACGGUAACCUUAAGGCCAGGGUGAUGACGUCGGAGCCAGACAACGCUGAGGGACUCCACAACUUCGCUCCUUUAGGCACCAUCACAUCCAGCAGCCCCACUGCACAACCAGCAGAGGUUCUGCUUCAGGCCACGCCCCCCCACCGCCGGGCACGCUCAGCUGCUUGGUCCUACAUCUUCCUGCCAGAGGAGGCGUGGUGUGACCUCACCAUCCACCUUCCUGCUGCUGUGCUGCUCAAGGAGGUCCACAUCCAGCCUCAUCUAGCUUCUCUGGCCACCUGCCCAUCCUCCGUCUCUGUGGAGAUCAGUGCAGACGGUGUCAACAUGUUGCCUCUUUCUACACCAGUCCUCACCAGUGGCCUCACCUACAUAAAGAUCCAGCUGGUGAAGGCCGAAGUGGCGUCCGCGGUGUGCCUGAGGCUCCACCGGCCGCGGGACGCCAGCACCCUGGGGCUUUCUCAGAUCAAACUGCUGGGGUUGACGGCGUUUGGCAAUACCUCUUCUGCUACGGUCAACAACCCCUUUCUGCCCUCUGAGGACCAGGUCUCUAAAACCAGCAUCGGGUGGCUCCGCCUGCUCCAUCACUGCCUGACUCAUGUUGGGGACCUGGAGGCCAUGAUGGCCAGUGCUGCAGCACCCACAGCCAACCUGCUGCAGACCUGUGCUGCUCUGCUCAUGUCUCCCUACUGCGGCAUGCACUCCCCCAACAUCGAGGCAGUGCUGGUCAAAAUAGGACUGCAGUCCACGAGAAUCGGACUCAAACUCAUAGACAUUCUGCUGAGGAACUGUGCUGCCUCUGGCACAGACCCUGCAAAUCUAAACAGUCCUCUGCUGUUUGGACGCCUCAACGGCCUUUCCUCUGACUCCACCAUUGACAUUCUGUACCAGCUGGGAACCACGCAGGACUCUGGAACCAAAGACAGGAUCCAGGCUCUGCUCCACUGGGUGUACGACUCGUCCAGAGUGGCAGGUCAUAAAAUGAGUGUUCCUGCGGGUUACGCUUCUGCCGGCUCCUCCUCCUCCUCCUCCAGAGAGUACGGUCUCCUCAUGCCUUCUCCCUCUCACCUCCACUGCGUGGCGGCCAUCUUGUGGCACAGUUUCGAGCUGCCUGUUGACUAUGAUCUUCCUGGGCUUCUCAACAGAGAACUUUUUGAGCUCCUGUUCAACUGGUCCAUGUCUCUCUCAUGCAACAUCGUGCUGAAGAAGGCUGUGGACAGCCUGCUGUGCUCCAUGUGUCAUAUUCACCCCAGCUACUUCACCCUGCUCAUGUCCUGGAUGAAGAUCGUUUCCGUGCCAACAGCUAGCCACUCCCAUGCCCAGCAGCGGCGACUUGCAAUGACGGAUGAUGGGAAAAAGCAGCAUGAUGCUAGCACUGGUGGACUAACAGAUGACUCAAAACAUGCUAGACCCCCAGUCAACCUUUCCGAGUCCCAGUUGACCACCCUUGCAGCCGCUUCCCAGUCCCCAGGAGCCAUCCAGCAGCUGCUGGACUCAGGCCUGCCCUCGCUGCUGGUGCGCAGCCUGGUCCAGUUCUGCGUGGGACUCCUAGUCAGUGCUGAUCUGCCUCUACCUGCCGCUCAGGUAGACAGGCGCCACCACCACCACUACCACUCGCUGUCGCCCUCACCGUCCCAGCAAGGCAGGACAGCCCUGGCCGCUGAACUGGCUGCUCCGGUGCUGCGCUUCCUCACAGAGGUGGGCAACAGUCACUCAAUGAAGGACUGGCUCGGUGGGCCUGAGGUCUACCCUCUGUGGACGGCGCUGCUCUUCCUGCUCUGCCACUCCAGCGCCAGUGCUGGUUCCAGUACUGGUCCCAGUGCUGCUUCCAGUCCUGGCUGUCAGCCGCUGGCCACCGGAUCUGCUGCAGGUCCACCUCCAGCCCCCAUGCCACAAACAGGGUCUCACUUCUCCCAGUUGUCAUCCAGCCAGGCGGGGGGUCUCACCACACAGCAGAGAACGGCUUUAGAGAACGCAACUGUGGCUUUUUUCCUUCAGUGCAUCUCCUGUCACCCUAGCAACCAGCGGCUCAUGGCACAGGUGCUGUGUGAACUCUUCCAGUCGGCUCCCCAACGAGGCAACGUUCCCAUCUCCCAAAAUAUCUCAGGCUUCAUCCGAAGACUCUUCCUGCAGCUCAUGCUGGAGGAUGAGAAAGUUACAGUCUUCCUCCAGUCCCCCUGCCCAUUGUAUAAAGGUCGCAUCAACGCCACCAGCCACAUGAUCCAGCAUCCCAUGUAUGGAGCAGGCCACAAGUACCGCACCCUCCAUCUGCCAAUCUCUACUACACUAGCUGAGGUCCUCGACCGGGUGUCUGACACUCCCAGCAUUACAGCAAAGUUGAUCAGUGAGCAGAAGGAGGACAAGGAGAAAAAGAAUCAUGAGGAGAAGGAGAAGAUGAAGGCAGACAACGGCUUUCAGGACAACUACAGUGUGGUUGUAGCGUCAGGUUUAAAAUCCCAGUCCAAACGAGCUCUUCUGACCCCUCCACGACCUCCGUCACGACGGGGUCGUAUUGUGGGUGACAAGCUGACCUCUUCGUCUGGCGUGGACCCUUCGGCCAAAACCAUCAGCGUGCCCGUCUUCCAUCUUUACCACAAGCUUCUUCCAGGUCAGCCCCUCCCCCCUGAGAUGACCCUGGCUCAGCUGCUCACUCUCCUGUAUGACCGUAAGCUGCCACAGGGCUACCAGUCCAUCAACCUGACCGUCAAGCUGGGCUCUAAGGUCAUCUCUGACCCUGGACUUUCUAAGACUGAUUCCUUCAAGAGGCUUCGCACUGAAAAAGUGGACCAUUGCGACAUGCUCAACAGCUGUCCUGAGGAUGAACCAAUGAUGGUCAGCGAAGAAUGUCUGGAUGCUGCAACUGAUGAGUCCCUGCUGGAAACCAACCCCAUCCAGUCACCACUGCAGGUCUUUGCUGGCAUGGGGGGGCUGGCCUUGAUUGCAGAGCGAUUGCCCAUGCUCUACCCUGAUGUCAUUCAGCAGGUCAGCGCCCCGCUGAUCCCAGCAUCCAGCCAGGAGAAAUCUAAAGACAGCGACCAGUUUGAAUGGGUGACCAUCGAGCAGUCAGGCGAGCUGGUGUACGAAGCCCCCGAGUCUGCUGCUGCAGAACCGCCGCCUGUGAACAAGCAGCAGUCCCAGUCCUCCUCCUCCUCAUCUUCAUCCUCGGUGCAGUCCAUGUCGCCCAUUCCGGCCCACUCACUGGCAGCGUUCGGCCUGUUCUUGCGCCUGCCGGGGUACGCUGAGGUGUUGUUGAAGGAGAGGAAGCACGCGCAGUGUCUGCUGCGUCUGGUGCUGGGCGUCACGGACGACGGAGAGGGCAGUCAUAUCCUGCAGUCCCCCUCUGCCAACGUGUUGCCCACCCUGCCAUUCCAUGUUCUUCGAGCAUUGUUCAGCAGCACACCUUUGACUACUGAUGACGGAGUACUGCUGCGCCGCAUGGCUUUAGAGAUUGGCGCCAUUCACCUAAUCCUGGCCUGUUUGUCAGCUCUGAGCCACCAUGCCCCUCGAAACCCCAAUGCCAGCAGCAACGUCUCUGAGCCGCAGAUGUCCAGUUGUCACAGUGGUGGGACGAGUGAGGAGCAGCAGCUUUACUGGGCUAAAGGAACUGGUUUUGGUACUGGCUCUACAGCUUCAGGUUGGGAUGUGGAGCAGGCCCUUACCAAGCAGAGAUUAGAGGAGGAACAUGUCACCUGUCUGCUGCAGGUUCUGGCCAGCUAUAUCAACCCGGCAGGGUCCAGCAGCAGCUGCCACGGUGCCGAUGCCUCUACAGACAGCAGAGCUCAGAACAGCUCAGCUCUGCCGACAGUGCUACAGGAGCUGCUCAGCCAGUCCUGCCUCAUCCCUGCCAUGUCCUCCUACUUACGCAAUGACUCAGUUCUGGAUAUGGCUCGCCAUGUUCCCCUGUACAGAGCACUGCUGGAGCUGCUAAGGGCCAUUUCCACCUACACAGCCCUGGUUCCACUCCUGCUUCCUCUGUCUGGGGAUCCUGGCCAAGAGGAGGAGGAGGAAGAUGAAGAGCAUUCUGAGGGACAGACUUCUGUAGGCAUGCUGCUGGCCAAAAUGAAGACAUGUGUGGACACAUAUACCAAUCGCCUCAGGUCAAAGAAGGAUAAAAGCAAAGGUGUGGCGAAACCAGAUGGGUCGGACCCAGAACCUGAGGGUCUGACCCUGCUGGUGCCCGACAUCCAGAGAACAGCUGAGAUAGUCCAUGCAGCUACUACCAGCCUACGACAAGCCAAUCACGAGAGGAAACUAGUUGAGUCGUCAAAGAAGGUGUCGAGUCGGCCCAAACCACUGUCAGUUCUUCGCUCCUUGGAAGAGAAAUACGUUGCUGCCAUGAAGAAGCUCCAGUUUGACACGUUUGAAAUGGUUUCAGAAGACGAGGAAGGGAAGCUGAUGUUUAAGGUCAACUACCACUACAUGUCUCAGGUUAAAAACGCCAGUGAUACCAACAGUGCGGCCAGAUCGCGGCGUCUUGCCCAGGAGGCCGUCACCCUGUCCACAUCUCUCCCUCUGUCAUCCUCGUCCAGUGUCUUUGUCCGCUGUGAUGAGGAGAGGCUCGAUAUCAUGAAGGUUCUCAUCACUGGCCCAGGCGACACCCCAUAUGCCAAUGGUUGCUUUGAGUUCGACGUCUAUUUUCCCCAGGACUAUCCAAACUCCCCUCCCCUGGUCAACCUGGAGACCACCGGCGGACACAGCGUGCGCUUCAAUCCAAACCUCUACAAUGAUGGAAAAGUGUGUUUAAGUAUCCUCAACACAUGGCAUGGGAGACCAGAGGAGAAGUGGAACCCCCAGACCUCAAGCUUUUUACAGGUGCUAGUGUCUGUGCAGUCCCUCAUCCUAGUGGCUGAGCCCUACUUUAACGAGCCGGGGUAUGAGCGUUCCCGCGGGACCCCCAGUGGCACCCAGAGCUCUCGAGAAUAUGACGGCAACAUCCGGCAGGCCACGGUCAAGUGGGCCAUGCUGGAACAGAUCCGCAACCCGUCGCCGUGCUUCAAGGAGGUGAUCCACAAACAUUUCUACCUGAAGAGAACCGAGAUCAUGUCUCAGUGUGAGGAGUGGAUCGCCGACAUCCAGCAGUACAGCAACGACAAGCGGGUCGGCCGCACCAUGUCCCACCAUGCAGCUGCUCUCAAGAGACACACAGCCCAGCUGAGAGAGGAGCUACUGAAGCUGUCCUGUCCCGACGGCCUGGAGCCCGACGGAGACGAGUUCUCUGAGAAGAGCGCCGCGCUCAUCCUCAAAGACCUGUCCAGUCAGGACGCAGAGAAACCCGCCGGCAGUCAGGACAGCCACUGCAGCGAGGGCCAGCUAUGAGCCCACCCACUCACCCCCACCCACCAGGCCACUCGGACCCCACUGACCCUGCUGCCCCAUCUUUUCCAGUAUCUUCGGCCCUUCACCUUCCUCUUUCUGAUGAUUACUCUUUAAAGACUGGAUGGCUUUGAGAGGGGGAGUCAUCACUUUGUCAAUAUUUGUAUGUAAAGAUCUAAUUGCAGAAUAGUAGUGGAGGGAGAUCGAGUACCAGAAGCCGAUGAGACAAACUCUGAACUACGCUAUGCCCUUAUUACAGAGUCAAGAAAAACUUUUAUUCACCUGUAAAAGACUGUAAACAUUUUGUGCUUUUUUUUUCCAAUUGUGAAAUAACCACUGAUUGGUAUGUUAUUAAACUUGUUUAUGUAUACAUAAUGGCAGAGGAAAAAUGACAGAUUAUAUAAGGGAAACUACCUUUAGAGAAGAAUGUUUACUGAAUGUUAAGUCCUUUUUGUUUUCUUUUUUUGGGGGGGGCGGUGUUUUUGGGACUGUUAGAGCGGUGAUAGCUGGAAUCAAGGAUAUAUUGGUCAUUCUUAAAGCAUAUUAUUUAAAAGAAGAAAACACACCGGAAAGUGACUCUCAGAAAAACCUCUGGAGACCCCACGCUACCUUUGAUUUGUCUUGGAUCAUAUCCACUUCAAUAAGGUUUAAGAUGGACAUUUUUAACUCAUGUUAUAUCCCUUUUACAGGCUCCAAAUUAAAAGGCUUAAACACACUCUGGAUCGGCAUUUGUCGCCUCUUAGAACUUCUCCAUAACUGCUUUCCAUUCACACGACUGUAGACGGCCAGAUCGGGAAAUGUACUUUAAAGGCUUGUGCAUGUGUCUGUGUGUUUUCUGUGCGUGUGCAACAAUCCCCCGUGAGAUACAAAAGCUGUGAUGUGCCUUUGAUCUACACCAUACCACCAAAUACUCCCAACAGAGUACCUUUGCUGAAUAAUCUGCUAUUUCUACAGAAUUCUGCUCCGUCUAGCUAAAGAAAACUGCUUUGAUUUGAUUUUAUUAUGUUGAAACAGCAGUGGAAAAAAAAAAUGCACUUUCUAUUUUACUCACUCCUUAGUACAGUAACAUAAUCCUUUUGCUAGGACAUUAAAUGGAGCUUGAAAAUA